UCAAUGCAGAAGGCCCUGACCUUGUUCUGGUGUCACAGUCUCACAGACAUGAAAAGCUGCAGGGAAGGCGUCCGGCAAACCGAGCACCUCGACAGACGGCGGCGGCUUCAGCCCUCGGCCGUGUCUGCACGGCUGCACCGGCGGGAGUCGAGUCUCAGCCGGAAGAAGCCGCCGCGGGAAAGAAGGACAUGUUUUUAGUUUCUUUCUCCAGUUCUCUGGAGUUGUUAAUUUUGGGCUAGACGUGCUUAACCGCCACUUCCCUCUGCUUCCUCUUUGUCUCUCCCCCCUCCGGAAAUGGCGCACCACCUCCUCUCCACUCCUCUUCUCCACCACUACUUUACUUUGCAAUCCCUCCACUCCGUCGGGCUCCCCUCCUCCUCCACCUCCUCCUUCCCCCGAUCGAUCGGAUCUCCUCACGCGGCGCACCGCAGUCCGCCAUCGAUCGCAAUCGCACGGAGAAUUUUCGAGUUUGAUGUGACGACGGAGCGGUGGAUGCAGCAGCUUAGGGGAAGAAGGAGCAGCGAUGAUGCUUGGGCUCGUGCAGCUCCUUGUGGGGUUCGUCGUCGCCUGGGAGGCCCUCGAGUUCGUCCUCCGCUACGGCCUCCUCCUCUCCGCCCUCAAGCUCGUCGUCAUGGCGGCCCUCGUCGUCACAGCGUCAUGUGUCGCCUUCCUCUUGUUUGCCAAGGCUCUGGCAUGGGUGCUCCGCCGCGUGGCGAAGAUCUCCAUCGGAUGCCGCUCCUAUGGCUUCAAUUAUCUCAGGGACAUCACCAUGAACUCCCCAAAGGGACCACUCGCGUCCAUCUCUAUCGGUGAAAUUAGACUUGGCUUGCGAAAACCGCUCACCCAACUGGGAUUCACCAUACUAACUCAAGGUCCAAUCGUGCAGUUGAGAAUAUCUGACUUGGACAUUGUGCUCCGGCAACCUGCAAAAUCUGCAAACAAAAAGAAACCUCCCCCUCGCAAGCCAACCUCAGCCUCACCAGCGAAACCAAAAGGAAAAUCCAAAGGACAAGCAAAAUGGAGGCUUAUAACAAAUGUUGCCAGCCUUUUAUCACUUUCUAUUGUGGAGCUGAAGCUCAAGGCUCCAAAAGCUGCUCUUGGCAUCAAAGACCUGAAGAUUGAUUUAUCUAAAACUGGAGCGCUGCAUCCGGUUCUUAAUAUUGAAAUACACCUCAUACCUUUAUUUGUACAAGCAUUAGAGAUAGACAGCAUUGACAACAAUACUUCAGUAUUUAGCAAAUUGGAUUGGUGGGUCAGUGGACAAUACUGUUCAGCCAUGGACACUUUUGACUCUAGCUCUUUCUUGUUUGAAGAUAUAGCACUCUCAUGUGAGCUUCAUCAGAGGGAUAAAGGAAUUAGAGUGAAGAAUUUGGAUUUGACGUGUGGUCCAAUUGUUGUGAACUUGGAAGAAAAGCUAUUCACCAAGAAGAAGCCCUCUGCUUCUACUGUUGUUGAUCAGAAGGAUGGACCUACUGUGGAUAAUAAAGCAGCUGCCAAACCUGAAGGGAGCAAGCUCUUGUCAUUGAAUAAGAAGAUCGAUUUGUUUCCUGAAAAGGUUAGCUUCAAUAUGUCCAAGCUAGAUCUGAAGUUUUUGCCAAAUGAUCAUGGCCUCUCAAUCAACAACGAAAUUGGUAGCAUUUCUAUGAGACUUAUGAAGUCACAGCCACAGAAUGACGUCGGGGAUGCUGCAACACACCUUUGGUUGGAAACUGAUGUGACGGGUAUUCAUCUUCUAAUGGAUGGUGCUACAUCUGUACUGGAGGUUACAAAAAUUGCAACUGUUGUUUCAGCUAAUAUUCCCACUCAGUCAACAUCGCCGAUUCGAGCAGAAGUAAAUAUCAAGAUUAGUGGAGUCCAAUGUAACCUCAUUAUAAGCAGAAUUAAGCCACUGAUUUUGUUGAAGCCAGCUAAAAAGAAGCCCAUUGUUCUUCAUGAAAAUUCACAACAAGAGAAGGCCCCCAAAGAAAAAUUAGCACUGGCUUUGGUACUUACAUUCUCAGCACCUGAGGUUGCUGUUGUGCUUUACAGUCUUGAUGACAUACCACUAUUCCAUUGUUGCUUGCAGUCUACUCAUUUUUCUGCAAAUAAGUUGGUAAACCAAGGAACUGAACUGCACGCGAAGCUUGGAGAAUUGAAGUUUCUUGUUGCUGCGAAACAUCAAAAGAUGAUAAAAGAAAGCAUUUCAGGCACCUUACUGCACAUUAGCCGCUCAACUCUUGAUAUGGAUCAAAAUGACGGAGGCAAAGAUAGUGGCAUAGACCAUGCUAAAUCUGCUCUCUCUGUUAAUAUAUCUGGAAUUGGAAUGCAUUUCUGUUUUCACUAUCUUGAGUUGCUUAUUACAACUGCAAUGUCCUACAAGGGAUUUGUGAAAAGCAUUAGUCCCCCUAAGAAACGACCUGCACAGGAAUCUUCUUCUCAAAAAUCUCCCAAGAAUUCUAAAGGUGCACAGCUAAUCAAGAUUAAUGUUGAACAGUGCUCUAUUUUGUAUGUUGGUGAUAUGAGGCUUGAAGAUAUGUCUGUGGCAGACCCAAAGCGUGUAAAUUAUGGUUCACAGGGUGGCCGUGUUAUGAUAAUCGACGAUGCUAAUGGUGGCCCAAGGAUGGCCUAUGUAAACUCAACCAGCCUUCCAGAUCAUAAGCAUGUUGACUUCUCCACUUCUCUUGAGAUUAACCGAUUUCUUGUAUGUCUGAACAAGGAAAAGCACUCCAUGCAGGUUGAACUUGGGAGAUCCAGAUUAACACAUAAAGAAUAUCAGUUUGGUGAUAAUUCUGCAGAGGAGGUUACACUUUUUGAUGUGCAAAAGGCAAAGUUUGUCAAGCGUUCUGGUGGGCUAAAUGACAAUGCAGUCUGCUCCCUCAUCAAUGUGACAGACGUAGCAGUCUGGUGGGAGCCUGAUCCUUGUCUGGAAUUACUUGAAAUAGCCACACGACUUAAAUCAGUUCUACACAGGAUGAAACUCCAGAAUUCUGUUACGGAGGUAAAAGAUGAAACCGUGCACAUUGAUACUUUGACCAAGAAAGAUCAUACUGACCAUGGUCAGCAAGAAAAGGCACAAAAAAAACGGGAAUCUGUUAUUGCCGUUGACGUGGAAUCUUUGAAAAUUUCAGGCGAACUUGCUGAUGGGGUUGAAGCAAUGAUUCAUGUUGGCUCUAUUUUCUCUGAGAAUGCAAAAAUUGGUGUUUUGGUUGAAGGAAUAGCAGUCAAUUUUUGUGGUGCACAGCUUUUAAAAAGCAGUCGUAUACAGAUAUCACGCAUCCCGAUUUCUGUUUCAGACAGCCAUCCUGAUAAGAAGGUUCAGUCUGCAGCUACAUGUGAUUGGGUUAUUCAAUGCCGAGAUGCUUAUAUAUGCCUGCCUUUUAGGUUGCAGCUUCGGGCUAUUGAUGAUGCAGUUGAAGACACAUUGCGGGCCUUUAAACUUAUUUCUGCAGCAAAAACAUCCAUAUUAUUUCCUGAGAAGAAAUCUAGCAGCAGCAGCAGCAAAAAGAGCAAAGCAAAAACCACGGUAUUUCGGUAUGUGAGGGUGAUUGUACGCGAUCUCACAGCAGAAAUCGAGGAAGAACCUAUCCAAGGUUGGCUUGAUGAGCAUAUCAGUUUAAUGAAGAAUGUAUUUAAUGAGUCCAUAGUUAGAUUGGAUCUCCUUGAUCACCUUGAUUCAGCCAAAACUAAAGACUCCCCCAAGGAAAAAUUGGAUAGUUCUGCUUCUGAAAAGAGCAAUGACUCCCCUGAUGUUUAUGUUGAUGCACCUGGCGCACAUUCUUUUGAAAAGCUUAGAGAAGAAAUACAUGUACAGGCAUUUAAAUCAUAUUACCAGGCAUGCCAGAAGUUGCCAGUAUCAGAAGGGUCAGGUGCAUGUUCAAGUGGCUUCCAGUCAGGAUUUAAGAUGAGUACACGCAGGGCAUCAGUUAUGUCAAUUUGUGCAAAAGAUGUUGAUGUGAGCCUAUCGAAGAUUGAUGGGGGUGAUGAAGGAAUGAUAAGUUUUAUCAAAUCUGUGGAUCCUGUUUGUGCAAAAGAUGACAUUCCAUUUUCCCGAUUGUACGGUAGCAAUUUUACUUUGAAAGCUAAAUCAUUAUCUGCGUACAUAAGAGAUUACGCAUUUCCACUAUUUUCUGGAACCUCUGCUAAAUGCAGUGGAUGGCUUGUGCUGGCCCAGCAGGCGACCUGUUUUCAGCCCCAAGUUCGACAAGAUGUUUAUGUUGGGAAAUGGUGGAGAGUAAAUCUGUUACGGUCUGGGACCGGUUAUACCCCACCAAUGAAAACAUAUGCUGACCUGCCAUUGCAUUUUCAAAGAGGGGAAGUUUCCUUUGGAGUUGGCUAUGAGCCAGUUUUUGCUGAUAUAAGCUAUGCUUUUACAUGUGCAUUACGGAGGGCAAAUCUAGCUAAAAGAUGGUUCUUUGAGCGCCCCGAACCCCCUAGAAGAGAGCGCAGUUUACCCUGGUGGGAUGAUAUGCGGAACUACAUUCAUGGUAAAUUCAGCUUAUGUCUCGCUGAAACAAUUUGGCAUCUCCCUGCUGCAACAAGCCCUUACGAGAAGCUAGAUCAAUUGUUAAUCACAACUGGCUAUAUUGAAAUACGAUAUGUGGAUGGUUAUGUCAGUCUGUCUUCAAAGUGUCUAAAGGUGUACAUAACUAGCCUAGAGAGUCUUGCAAAGAAGUGCAGUCUAGAAGUCCCGAAUCAUACAGCUAUACCUUUCCUUGAAACACCCUCCUUUUUCAUGGACAUUACCAUAGAGUGGGGAUGUGAUUCAGGUAAUCCUAUGGAUCAUUAUAUAUUUGCUCUUCCUGUAGAAGGAAAACCACGAGACAAAGUUCUUGAUCCAUUUCGCUCAACUUCACUCUCGCUAAAGUGGAGCUUUUCCCUUAAACCUAGUACUGCUGAACCUGUGGAGCGUCAACGUAAGACUCAAGCAGUUUCAAAUGAUUCUCCAACUGUUAAUGUUGGAGCUCAUGAUUUGGUUUGGCUAACAAAGUGGUGGGGCUUAUUUUUCCUUCCUCCCCAUAAAUUAAGAUUGUUCUCCAGGUUUCCACGGUUCAGAGUUCCUAGAUUUAUACGGUCCGGAAACCUGCCACUUGACAGAGUUAUGACUGAACAGUGUAUUCGUUUUGAUGCUAACUUAUUGCAGAUCAACAAUAUGCCGCUGCAGGCUGACGAUCCUGCUAAGGGUUUGACACUGCACUUUACAAAGCUUAGGGUAGAAAUUUCUUCCAGUCGUGGCAAGCAGAUAUUUACUUUUGACUGCAAGCGCGAACCUCUUGAUCUUGUUUACAUGGGUAUUGACUUGCACUUACUGAAGGUAUUUAUGAACAAUAUUCCUGAAUCAUCAACUUCUAAGGAAUCAUUAGACAAUCCUGUCUGUGAAAAGGCCAAAACAAAAACUCGAUCGACUGAAAAAAGUCAAGAUGAUGGAUUUUUUCUGUAUUCUGAUUAUUUCACUAUACGGAAACAAACUCCCAAGGCUGAUGCUGCUAGAUUAUCAGCAUGGCAGGAAGACGGCAGGAAAAAAUCUGAAACGAUAUCAUUCAAGUCUGAGUUUGAUGGGGGGGAUGAAAGUGACCAUGAACAAUCAGGUAGUGACGAGGAUGGUUUUAAUGUUGUGGUUGCUGACAAUUGUCAGCGAGUAUUUGUUCAUGGAUUAAAAAUUCUGUGGAGUCUAGAAAAUAGAGCUGCCAUCUUAUCUUGGGUUGGUGGUUUAACGCAAGCAUUUCAGCCUCCAAAACCAUCUCCCUCUCGCCAAUAUGCUCAAAGAAAGAUUCUUGAGAAAAAACAGGCAAUUAAAGAAGCUGAGAUAUCUAAUGAUGGUGCCCUCAGUUCUUCACCAUCAGCAUCACACUCAGAUCCUCCUCAACAGAUUUCAGACCCACCUUCUUCCAGUGGACCGAGCAAGCUAGAACCAGCAUCAAGUAGUGAAACUGCAAUGAAACCAUCGAACAGUAGUGAUUCCGAAGAGGAAGGUACGAGACAUUUUAUGGUUAAUGUUGUCCAACCUCAAUUCAAUCUACAUUCAGAAGAAGCAAAUGGUAGGUUUCUACUAGCUGCUGGUAGUGGGCGGGUGAUGGUCCGUUCAUUUCAGUCAAUUGUACAAGUUGGUCAAGAAUUUGAGAAGGCACUUGGUUCCAGCAAUGUAGCCAUUGGAGAGACCAAGCCAGAAAUGACUUGGUCACGUUUUGAGGUCUCUGUAAUGUUGGAGCAUGUCCAAGCUCAUGUUGCUCCAACCGAUGUUGAUCCUGGUGCUGGUAUUCAAUGGCUGCCAAAAAUACAUCGCAGGUCAUCAGAAGUUAAACGAACUGGUGCUUUACUUGAGAGGGUCUUUAUGCCAUGCCAAAUGUACUUCCGCAUCACAAGACACAAGGGAGGAAAUCCUGAACUAAAGGUCAAACCACUAAAAGAGUUGGCAUUUAACUCUCCAGAUAUAACUGCUGGUAUGACAUCACGCCAAUUUCAGGUUAUGAUGGAUGUUUUGACUAAUCUUCUGUUGGCAAGAGCUCCCAGAACUAAAAAGAGUAAUAUAUGCUAUCCCCUCGACAACGAUGAUGGCGACAUUGCUGAAGAAUCUGAUGCAGUUGUACCAGAUGGUGUCGAAGAGGUGGAAUUAGCAAAGAUCGAUGUUGAAGUAAAAGAAAGAGAACGGAAGAUACUGCUUGAUGAUAUCAGAAUCUUGUCUACUGGUAGUGAAGUAUCUAGUGAGCCGAGUCAAUCCCCAAAAUCUGAUGAUGCUACAUCAAUGGUUACUGGUCCAAAGUCAAUGCUGGUAAAACGUCUGAAGAAAGAACUUGUAAAUGUCCGGAAUGGUAGGAAAGAAGCAUAUUCCCUGCUAAGAAGUGCUAUGCAGAAAGCUGCACAAGUGAGGUUGAUGGAAAAGGAAAAGAACAAAAGCCCUUCAUGUGCCAUGAGAGUUUCUAUGAGGAUAAACAAGGUAGUCUGGAGCAUGUUGGCAGAUGGAAAAUCUUUUUCUGAAGCUGAGAUAAAUGAUAUUAUUUAUGAUUUCGACCGGGACUACAAAGACAUAGGCAUCGCUCACUUGACAACAAAGAUGGUUGUUAUCAGAAAUGGGCUUGCUAAUGCAAAAUCAGAUACUGUUCUUGCACCCUGGAACCCACCUUCUGAAUGGGGCAAGAAUGUUAUGCUCCGUGUUAAUGCUAGGCAAGGAGCUCCGACUGAUGGGAACUCUGUAAUUGAGAGUUUGCUGGUGGACAUCUAUCCGCUGAAAAUUUAUUUGACAGAAGCAAUGUACAGAAUGAUGUGGGGAUAUUUCUUCCCUGGUGAUGAGCAGCACCCACAAAAGCGGCAGGAACUUUUCAAAGUCUCCACUACAGCAGGGACACGGCGAGUUAAGAAAAACACUUCCGUUGCAGAAACAACCAGCCCCAGCAACCAGUCAUCUUCAUCUGACAGGACAUGGGAGGAAAGUGUUGCUGAGUCUGUAGCUAAUGAACUUGUUUCACAAAUUCAGGGCCAAUCAAAUUCUCAAACUGAAUCUCAAGAUGCCAGUAAAGAUUCCAAGUUAGCACGACCUGUUCGUUCUACUCGUGAAGAGAAGAAGCCUGUAGAGCCAAAUGAUGUGAAACAAUCUAGACCUCAGAAAAUGAUGGACUUCCGCAAUAUAAAGAUAAGCCAGGUUGAAUUGCUUCUCACGUACGAGGGAUUGCCAUUUGCUGUUAGUGAUGUAAGGUUACUCAUGGAUACCUUUCAUCGUGAAGAUUUUACUGGAACAUGGGCAAGACUAUUUUCACGUGUAAAGAAACAUAUCGUAUGGGGAGUACUGAAGUCAGUAACCGGCAUGCAGGGUAAAAAGUUCAAAGCUAAAUCCACUAGCCAAAAGGAACCAACUACAGGUUUAAUAGCUGCCAGCGAUUUUAAUUUAAGUGACAGCGAUGGCGAUGAAGGUGGCAAUUCUGAUCAACUACCUGCUUUCCUUCGAAAACCAAGUGAUGGAGCUGGCGAUGGUUUUGCCACCUCUGUGAAAGGAUUGUUCAGUUCACAACGAAAGAAAGCAAUGCAUUUUGUCCUAAAGACUAUGAAAGGAGAUGGCGAUCAAGAUUUCCAGGGUGAACGGAGUGAGAAUGAAAUUGAGUUCUCUCCAUUUGCUCGGCAGUUGACUAUAACAAAAACAAAGAAACUUAUAAGGCGGCACACAAAGAAGCUAAAGUCUAAAGUCCCCACAAAUGCAGGUACUCAGCAGGAACAUGGGUCGGAUUUGCCACCGCUAGGCCCUUCUGGGCACCAUACGGACUCCUCGUCUUCAUCUUCCUCUUCUGACAACGACGAGCAUUCACCGGUGGAAAUGAGCCCAAAAGAUUAGCCAGUGCUUGCGGGGAUGGUUCUUUGCUGCAGUAAAAGCUGGUUCAGAUGUUGGAUGCUUCUUUCCAGAUUCCAGCUGGAUCGAUCGACCUAGGUGAUACAUGUGAAGCGUUAUUAUUCGGAGACACGUACGUAGCUGCGAAGCAUUUAAAAGUAAGAUGUAGGAGGGUUUCAACGUUCUUUUUCAUUGGAUGGGGGGUUGAAAUAAGAAAAGUUGAAUUUUUGUAAUCAGUAAGAGCAUCCCUAUCCCUUAGCACUCGGAAAUUAGGCGCUAAGAUAGACACUUUAGCUUUCUCUCCAUUCACUCAUCUAAGUUUCUUUUACAUAUACAUUAGCAUCACAUAGAAGUGCUAAAGAUAACUUCUCUCGCAUCUAUGUAAAGUAAUAACAAUGUUGUAAAAACAAUUUACUAAGCUUGGCAUUUGGUUAGUGGUGGUCCUAUUUUUUUUUUAA